GUGGUACUAACGUUCGUUAAAGGUUUAAAUUAUUUAUGUUUUUAGGUAUUAGCCUUAGAGUUUUGAACGUUCCAUCCACCCAUGCUGAAUUGUUAUUGUUACACUUCUGUUGACUAGUUGACUUAUGAACAAUGCUUACCUCCUCUAAUCUUUAAUAAUAUUUGAACAUCAGUUGAAUAUGGAUUCUCUCAACGAACCAAUUGCUAAUGAAACUUCUGAAGAUUAUGAUAUUUCAAAAACCCGAUGCCGAGGACGAGGAUUUUUAAUAAAAAAGAUGAAUCAAAGACUCAGUAAUGGAAAAUCUGAGAAUUUAUCGUCAUCAUCAAUAUUGUCGUCACAAGAUAUGAAGAGCAAUGCGGUGGUACAUAACCAAGACCUUGUUAACAAAUCUUGUUUUCAAGACCAGGAAUAUGAAUAUGAAAAGCCUGCUAGAUCAAUUUACAUCCCACCUGAACCCAAUGAAAAUGAUGAAUCUAUUUAUGAGGAUGGAAUCAGUUCUGGUAUAAAUUUUGAAAAGUUCAACGAUAUUGAAGUGAAGGUUAAUGGGGAAAAUGUACCCAAACCUAUUGAAAGUUUUGAAACCUUGAACAAUGUACCAGAAAAGCUAAUGGAGAAUAUUAGAAAGUGUAAUUUUUUGAAACCAACCCCCAUUCAGAAAUAUUCUAUUCCAAUUAUUUUAUCUGGUAAAGACUUAAUGGCCACAGCGCAAACUGGUUCAGGAAAAACGGUUGCUUAUGUUUUACCAAUCAUACAAAAAUUACUCAUGAAUCCACAAAUUUUAGUAAAAGAUAGUGUACAUAGUGAACCACAAGUUGUUAUAAUGGCACCUACAAGAGAAUUGGCUGUUCAAAUUAAAAUGGUUGUUUUGAAAUUAACAAGAGGUACUGGAAUCUCAUUGUUUGUCUGUUAUGGUGGUACUUUAGUCAGUCAUCAAAAAGAUAAAAUUCUUAAAGGUUGUCACAUACUUGUAGCGACACCAGGUAGAUUAAAUGAAUUUGUUCAACAUGGUUUCAUAACAUUUUCAUCUUUGAGAUUUUUUGUUUUGGAUGAAGUUGAUAGGAUGUUAGACAUUGAUUCAAAACCGGAUAUUGAUAAAGUUUUGGAUCAUUUUUCAAUGCCGUCUGUUAUGAAUAGACAGACAAUUAUGUUGUCAGCUACUUUACCAGAUGUCACCCAGCAUUUAGCAAAAUAUUAUUUAAACAAAAAUUAUUUAUUUUUAGCAGUUGGUAUUAUAAGUAGUGCUUCAAAAGAUAUAAAACAAAACUUUUACAUGGUUAAUAGAUUCAAUAAACGUGAAAUUUUAUGCAAUAUUUUAAGAAAAGAUUCAGUAGGAACUAUAGUAUUUGUAAAACAAAAAUGGACUGCAGAUUUCCUUGCCACAUACUUAUGCGAAAAACAUAUUCCAUCAACAAGUAUACAUGGUGAUCGUUUACAAGAUCAGAGAGAAAAUGCUUUAAAUGAUUUUCGUAACGGAAAGAUGAAUGUACUUGUAGCCACUACUGUAGCUUCAAGAGGAUUAGAUAUUAAAUGUGUGAACCAUGUCAUUAAUUAUGACAUGCCUCAAGAAAUUGAAGAGUAUGUGCAAAGGAUUGGACGAACAGGUAGACUGGGAAAUCAAGGCAUUGCUACCUCUUUAUUUGAUCCUGAUGAAGAUCAUCUUUUGAUAGAUCCAAUUAUAAAUACUCUUGCAUCAGCAAAUCAAGAAAUACCUAAUUGGUUACUUAAACUUGGACGUGAAUCCAAAUUUAAUGAUGCUAAUGUUGAUUUUGAUAAAUUUGGAGGCUCAGAUAUAAGAAUUUUAUCAGGAUCAGUUGAUGAAUGCGAAGAAUGGUAAAUUCAUGAUUGAAUAUUGAACAAUUAGGUAAUAAUAAUAAUUAUUGUUUUGU